AUGCUAGCGCGCAGCCUGCACCUGGAAGGAGAGGCCGUGUUUUGGCAAGGCGAGAUGAGGAUGAGAGCAGUUCGGAAGAAUUCACUGAGCCAGACCCGGAUUCUUCGUCAGAGUGGCUCCCAUCUGGGUCUGCAAGCAGCAGAGAGUCCUCCCCUGACGCUUUUACUCGCGCGUCAAGCAGAACCACCGCCAGAGAAGAUUGUGGAUCAAGGAAAGCAGCCACACCCAGGAACCCUGCUGUUGAUAGAACAGUGUCACUGCCAGUGUCACAUCUGCCAGUUCAGUUGGUGUGAAGAAGAGAAAAGUUACAAAGAGUAA